UGAUUUUAAACCUCGGUGCCCACACUAAGGUAUAUAAGACACUGAACAAGGCGGAGACUCUAGAGACAUAUUUGACACUCUUUUGGGGAGCUGAGCAAGGUCACUGGGCUAACACUUGGUGGUGGACUAGAGAACACAACACACUUCACCAUGGGGAUGCUUGGCUUUGAAGGACUGGUUACCGGCAAGACAUGUGGGAUCAAAGAGCCAGGGGAGGCUGAAACCCAGCAGUUUGCCACAGGGGAGUAUGAAACGACUGUCAGCCAAGAGAAGCAGGAUGAUCUGAGGUCCAGCAGAGACCUAUUGGAUGACCAUGAGGCUGGCAAAGAUGACUAUCUGAAACUUGAGACUGUAGAUGACCUGCAGAAGAUUCUAGAACUCAAGAAGAAAAGGAAAACCAAGAGAGUGCCAGUCCGAAAGCACAAGCCUGCUCCUGAGAUUGUUCCAUAUUACGUGGAUGAAGAUGAUUUCCUGAAAGCGGCUGAAGACAAAAAAAUGGGCAUCAUUGAAAAGUACCUCGAGAAGAACGGUGAUCCAAACACAUACGAUAAUUUAAAUCGCACUGCACUUCACAGAGCCAGCUAUCAAGGCCACGAGGCCGUUGUGAAAAGGCUUCUCGAGGUCGGGGCUAAGGUUGACCAGAAAGACAAGCUGGAGUCAACUGCUCUUCACUGUGCCUGUCGAGGAGGAAGUCUGCCUGUGGUGGAGCUCCUGCUGAAGCACAACGCUAAAGUCACUGCCCGAGAUAAGCUGAGCAGUACCCCCCUGCAUGUUGCUGUGAGAACCGGACACUACGAGUGUGCGGAACAUCUCAUCCACUGUGGUGCCGACAUCAACACCAAAGACUGGGAGGGAGAUACGCCGAUGCAUGACGCGGUCAGGCUCAACAGGUUUAAAUUCAUCCAGCUGCUAAUGAUGCAUGGAGCCAACAUGAAAAUGAAGAACUGCGAGGGGAAGUCACCGAUGGACGGUUUGCUGGAGUGGCAGAGCGAGGCGAGAGAUAUCCUGGGAAAGUUCAGCGAUGAGAAAAGCAGCUCUCCAAAGUGACUGCUGGAAAAUUCUAGAGGCUGAUUGCAACACCUGCAGCGGCGAUUCGAAGACAGAAGCGUGAUGUAAAUGUUUGCU